AACUACGAAGUGGAGUAUCUCUGAGAUAAAAUGUCUUAAGUGUUUCGCGAGAAUUUUAUUUGGUUGUUUCCGUCACGACUGUAAGAAUUCGACGUUUUCAGAAAACAAAGUUUAAAAAUGACCUGCUUCAUUUUCAAGGAUUUCGUGUUUAUUCUAAAGGUGUUUUUGUUGAUAUCAUGUAUUAAAUGGCAUUCAAGAUGCAGUGCAGCUCCAUGCUACGAUUUUCUCACGAAAAAGCCACUUCCUUGUUUUCCUCAACCCGUGAACGCUGCAAGAGGACGAAAUGUGACAUCUUCAAACACGUGUGGCAUGCCUAGUGCGAAAUAUUGUGAAAUAUCCCCAGAGAAAAACUGCUUCAUUUGUGAUGCAAACAGCUCUGCCAACAUGCAUCCCGCAGAAUAUAUGGUUGACGAAAGUUCAACAUGGUGGCAGUCUGACACUUGGUGGGAUGCCAUUCAAAAAGGAAUUACAAAAAUUGGCCAAGCUCUUCACGUUAAUAUCACUGUUGCGUUUGGCAAGUCGUACCAUGUAUCAGGCAAAAUAAGAGUGACUUUCUACUCAGAACGACCGCAGGCAAUGAUAAUCGAGAGAUCUAAUGACAGUGGAACAAGUUGGAUGCCUUAUCAGUAUUUUGCUGAAGACUGUGUUUCCACUUAUGGAAUGAGCCCAAGUGAAUCACCUCCUAAAGAAAAUCCUUUGGAGGUAACAUGUAGUGAAGACUACAGUGGACAAUUUCCAUCGAAGAAUGGCAUCGUUGAGUUCCAGGCAUACGCUCGCUACCCUCCAGAAGAUUACAUGACUCCUCGUAUUCAAAGUUACAUGUUGUCAACACAUGUUAGACUUCGUCUGGAAUACCCAGGAACGGAUGGGCUGGAACUGAUAAAUUCUGAGGUGACAUUGAAUCGAUAUUAUUACGCAAUCUCGGACAUCCGUAUUGACGGACGUUGCAACUGUCAUGGCCACGCCGAGUAUUGCGAUGGCGUAGGAAUGGACCAGUAUUGUUUUUGUGAACAUAAUACGAUGGGUCGAGACUGUGAACAUUGUAGACCGCUGUAUAAUAAUCAGCCGUGGAGACCUGCGAAUACAACUGACGCUAAUGAAUGUCAGAAAUGCAACUGUAAUGAGCAUGCGACAUCCUGUAUUUACAACGCAACUAUUGGUAGAGGUCAUUGUAUUAAUUGCAAAGACAACACCACCGGAGCGUAUUGUCAUGCGUGUGCUGAUGGAUUUUACAGAGAUGUUGAGAAACCGCUGAAUGAUUCCCAUGUCUGCAUCCCUUGCAACUGUUUCCCUGCUGGUAUAACUGACAAUGGUUCUUGCAAUCAAGACAUGGAUAGAGCGGACGUACUUCUGGGUCAGUGUAAUUGUAAAGAUAACGUGUUUGGACGACAGUGUGAUGAAUGCGUUCCAGGAUACUGGGGAUUCAGGUUGCCACCUGGAGGACACUGUCAAGCGUGCAGCUGCAACGCGUUUGGAACUAUGAACAACAGUCAAACGUGCGAUCAACAAACCGGAAAUUGUUUUUGCAAAUCGAACAUCGAGGGGGGAAAAUGUAGCGAAUGUAAAGAUGGCUUCUACUUUUUCCCUACCAAACGAGAGUCAGACUGUCAGAAAUGCCCAUGUAAUGUUGGAGGCGCGUAUGAAAUUUGUGAAAAACAAACAGGUCAUUGUAACUGUAGACCGAACAUCGAAGGCGAAUACUGUACUGUACCCAAACCUGGAUUUUUCGUUCCUCAUUUUGAUUACCUUCUUUUUGAAGCCGAGUUUCAGGAUGAAAACAACAACAUACAUUAUAAGAGUCCAGAACAAGACCAAUACACUGGGAAAGGUUUCGUCCUUUUGUCACCAGACACAUCCAUCCAGUUUACAAACAUCAAAGUGAAUGUCACCUGGCGAUAUUAUCUUGUUAUGAGAUAUGCAAAUAGUCCGCAGCAUUCCAACUCUGUCUUUAAUAUAACUGUUAUGAGUAAUGAUCUGAUGAGUUCCGAGAUAUCUUCAAUGAAAAACCAACUUCGAAUCGAUGCAAAAUCAUUUAUAACAAGGGAAACGUUUUCACUAGCAGCCAAUAAACUUUAUAACAUAACCGUAAGCCUGAAAAGUUCAGGGAAUGGUCCAGUGGACGGUUUACUCGUGGAUUCCCUUGUUUUGAAACCAGAUUUAACUCCAACUAGAAUUAGCGAAGAAAUAAACGCCAUAGGGAAUUUAUCACGUUGCUUUUUCAAUGCGACAUAUCUUUCCAGCACAAGUCAUACUGAUACUGGAUGUUCUGGUGUGGUGUUUUCAUUCAGUGCUGAAGUUUAUGAUGGCGCAUUAGCGUGUGAUUGUGAUCCAGACGGAGCUAAAGAAAGAAGUUGUAAGAAAAUCGGAGGUCAAUGUGAAUGUUUUACUGGAGUCAGUGGAAGAAGAUGUUCCUAUUGCUUGCCAGGUUAUUAUGGUUUUGGUGAAGGAGAUUGUAAAGUGUGUGAAUGUGACAAUGCUGGUUCAGAAACAAGCGUUUGUGACUUUGCAACUGGGUUUUGUCAAUGCAAGUUACACACAGAAGGCGACGGAUGUAGUGAGUGUAAGGUUGGCACAUUCAACUUGGAUGCCAGGAAUCAACAAGGAUGUCAAUCUUGUUUUGGUUACGGCCAUGGAACGAGAUGCAGUUCAGCUCAAGGAUUCGUGUCAGCCAAUAUAAGCACGGAUUUUACUGGUUUUUCACUGGGUGGAUGGUUAAUUACUGCAAAUAGCACUGGUGCAACAGCAUUUCCUGGCCGAAAUGGCUUGUCUAUCCGUGGUAAUCUGACACUCCUCGCCCCAAACAUAUAUCUGGGGUUACAUCUCAACUCGUACAGACAAAAACUCUCAAUGACAGUAUCCACGUCCACGUUCAUAUCUGCUGAAGAAAUUUCUCUGGUUCUCACUGGAAUGGGCUACGACGCUGAACUUCAACCAGAGAUAAGGGAUUUUGGAAAUGGAAAAGAGUUAAUCUUCACGUUAGAUGAAAGCCACUUAAGUACAGACGACAGAGUGUUGUCCGCGUUUAAAUUCCAGUCCUUGCUAUCUAAUAUCAGUUCACUUGCAUUAAAAAUUCAAUCAGAAAUGGUCGUCAGAGAAAUCGUUCUUCAGUCUGCGAGAUUUGAUCCUUCAAUUGCUAAUGAACAAAUUGGAUUUGUUGAGAAUAUGACUUGUUUCGAAAACUAUACUGGAUUGUCUUGUGAGGCAUGUGCCACAGGUUUCACGCGUGAAACGGCAAAUUCUGGUCCAUUCUCAAGGUGUGUUUUGUGUUCUUGUAAUGGUCGAUCAAGUCAGUGUCAUCCAGAAACCGGCGUGUGUGUUGGUUGUGAUAUUGGAAGUACUGGGGAUCACUGUGAGGAUUGUGAGUUUAACGUGGUUGGGCCAUAUUGCAAUGUUUGCGCUGACGGAUUUUAUGGACUUACUCAAGAUCACAAAAACUGCAAACCUUGUGAUUGUCACCUACCUGGGACCAUCUAUGGGAAUACAUCCAGUUGUAACCUGACAACAGGUCAGUGUAAAUGUAACCAAACCCUGCAUACUGGUGGACGAAGAUGUAAUGUGUGUCAAGAGAAUGCCUGGAACAGAACUGAAAGCAGUUUGAAUUGCGAAGAGUGUCCUUCCUGCUUUGGGAUGAUAAAAGUCGAGGUUGACAAAUUUCGAGAGCAAAUAAUUAAUUUGGGGAUUCUUCUUCAUUCGUUGCUGGACAUGAGUAUACUGAGUCAAUCAGUUAAUUUUACUGAACAACUGCGAAUCACAGAAUAUCGUGUUGAAGAAACAGUUACCAGAUCCAAGGUAAUUAAAUCCACAUAUUCUACAAAGGAACUAACGUAAGCACAAUGGGGACAAAUUCACGC